GCUGGGUCCACCGUACCCGCCAGGCUGCUGGAGGCGAGCCUAAGGGGAAGUUCAGAGGCUGGCGCGGAGGUUCUGCAGCCUCGAAAGCAAGGGAAACGAACAAUGAAAGGAAAGCUGCGGCCCUUCUGUUUCAGCGUGAACGGACGCAUGAAGAUGAUGCGGCUGGCACUGACUGUGACAUCUAUGAUCUUCUUUAUCGUGGCACAAGCCCCUGAACCAUACAUUGUUGUCACAGGAUUUGAAGCAGCUGCUGUUUUAUUUUUCAUAAUUUUAUAUGUGCUCAGACUUGAUCACUUAAUGGACUGUUUGUUUUGGCCUUUGCUUGAUAUUAUCAACUCAGUGGUAUCAGCAAUAUUCACAAUGAUUGUAUCUGUGUUGGCACUGAUACCAGGAAACACAACAAUUACAGUUCUUGGAGGGGUGUCGGGGUGUGUGGCUGCGGUAUUCUGUAUGGUGGACAUGGCCCUUAUCUACCGGAAACUUCGACUGAACCCAAGUGGUCCUUAAGAGAAAAUAAAUCAUGACAAAUGAUUAGUGCUGUGAUUAUACUCUCCUUUUUAGUUGAUGCUAUAUAUUAAGUGUCUUUGUUCUCA